AUGACAACUUGCCUUGAAAAUUCUGACCUAUAUACUGUUGCAUGGAUAGCCGCAUUGGGCAUUGAGCAAGCAGCAGCCCUCGCUUUGCUUGACGAUCAUCAUAGUCCACCAAAAAGCUUCAUACAACCUUCUUCCGAUACAAACUCCUAUGAAUGGGGUGAGGUCAGCGGACAUAACAUUGUGAUCGCCUCACUUCCCGCCGGGUCAUACGGGAAUACCUCGGCAGCUACUACCGCAUCUGCUUUGAUUCACACAUUUCCCCAUAUCCGGAUCGGCUUGUUGGUGGGCAUCGGUGGAGGCAUCGCUAGGCCUGAUCUAGGUCAAGACGUUCGUCUUGGUGACAUUGUUGUCAGUCAGCCUGACUGGACGAGUGGAGGAGUGAUUCAAUAUGAUUUUGGAAAAGCAAAGUCAAACGGUGUUUGGGAGCGAAAGGGAUAUCUCGAUAAACCACCAAUGGUCCUUCUCAAUGUACUGACUAGGUUGCGGGCCCGGCAUGAGAUUUCACCAUCCAAAAUACCCGCACUUCUCCAGGCAAUGCUUGAAGCCAAUCCUCGGAUAAGACGGCAGAAGACAGAUUAUCGCCAUCAGGGCUCCGAGACCGAUCGGCUGUUCAAAUCACAACAUGACCAUUUCGGUGGCAUCUCUUGCAACAUGUGUAACUCCGCCUGGGAGAUUAAGCGCCAAGGGAGAGAAUCAACCGAGCCAGAGCUUCAUUACGGCAUAAUUGCUUCCGGGAAUAGACUGAUCAAAGACGCAGCCACCAGGGAUAAACUAUCAGAGGAUACAGGACAUCGAUGUCUAUGUAUAGAGAUGGAGGCUGCUGGCCUGAUGGAUUGUUUCCCCUGUCUGGUUAUUCGUGGGAUAUGCGACUAUGCAGAUUCUCAUAAGAAUGAUCGAUGGCAGCGCUAUGCGGCGGCGACAGCAGCAGCGUUCGCAGUUGAGCUGCUCGGAGAUGUCCCCACUGCAGAUCUCAAAAGAACAAGGACAGCUAUCGAAGCACUUCAAGGGUGUAAGUACAGAUCAAAUCUCAAAAUGAAUCAAUCUCCUUAUACUAACUAUCAAUAUAACACUGGAGCAAAGAGUGGAUCAAAUAGAGUAAGCUAUGAUUAA